CUUGACUAACACUUCAACGCGAAAGCCUAUGAGAGCCCCAAAUAUUCUCAGCGCCCCCGCUUCCAACCAGGGUUGCUCAUCUCGAUACCUCGACUGCCAACAAGCGCCGGCAGGGACAAAUUUCAUCGGUUUCGAGGCCUGAUUCCUUGAAAACACGGCUUGAGAUCAGCUUACAUAACAGCCUAUUCACUAUGCCAUCAACGCCCCGACAGAAAAACUCGGGCAAAAAUGCUAGCGGUAAGAAGCUCGUCCAGACCAAGUUAAAUUUUUACGUUAAAGGCCCUGCCCCACCGUCGUCAUCGUUAUCCUCGGGCCCACAAAAUCGGCGCGCAGACUCCACGCCCGGGACAUUCGGGAGGAGGUACAUCAGAGAGGAUUCGACGGAGCACAAGGAAUUUGGAACUUCGGAUCUAGAAUCUCAGUCUCAAGGAACUGGCUCUCAAGAAAUGGAUAUUGAAUCAGAAUCCCAAUCUGGAGAAUUUCAUUCGCAGCAAUCGCUCGGGAAAUUGAAGCCGCAAAAUGCGAGGUAUAAUCAGAAGAGGGUGGAGGUUGCGCAGGAGACGACGGACUUCAUACCUAGUAUACUUGCUAAAUUUCCUGCGGCGCAGCAAAAGUCGUCAUUAUAUUUGGGAGGGGAACUUUCUCUUGCGGGAAUAGUUUGUUCGGGGUUUAUGUUACCGGACCUCGACCCGGAAGCUGGAAGAAGAGGUUGCCGGAUCAAAGUCAUCGAUGGGGACACUUUCGACACAGCGAUAACGAUGGGUAGGAACGUAGUCGUUCUAAACAUGGCAAAUGCGCAAGUUGCCGGAGGAGGGUGGAAAAGGGGUGCAAUGGCACAGGAGGAGGAAUUAUGCUACCGGCAUUUCCCUCCAUCAUACAAGCUUUAUUCCCACCACUGCAACUAUAGCUGAUGAUUUGCUACAGCUCAACCCUUAGCUUCAAACUCCAUCGCGCCUUCUACCCCCUCUCAGACACCGCAGGGAUCUACACGCCAGCAGUUGUAGUCUUCCGCACUUCCCAUUCAGACGGCCAUAAACUCUACCCACCUAGCAUCAAGUACAAAAUCCUCUCUGUAAUCUCCGUAGCCGCGAUUCGUGACCCUCCUCUCACAAACGGUGCGCCGCCGGACUACAGUCGUCCCACAGACCGAAAUCUCAUGCUCGAGAAGAUCCGCUUGAUAUUGCGCAUCGCUGCCAUGAACGGGCAUAGCAAGGUUGUGCUCGGUGCGUUGGGAUGCGGGGCUUUCCACAACCCACCUGAGAAGGUCGUGGAAUGCUUUCUUAGGGUCUUCAGGGAACCAGAGUUUGCAGGAGGCUGGUGGAGGGAAAUAGUAUUUGCGGUGCUGGAUACAGAGAAGGACGAGGAGAAUAAGGGACCAAAUGGGAAUGGAAAUUUCGGAAUAUUUUUCAGGGGGUUGCACGGGGUUGUUGUUUAGCGCAAGAUUUGCUCCUUCCUCGUUGGUUUGGCUUUGAGCGAUUGUUGGGGGCGCGCUGGUAUGCCGGUAUGCCCUUAUGGGAGUAAUGGGACCGGAUAUUCUGUUUGCACCUAAUUUACAUGGGCCAUGGUUUUUCUUUAUUUUCUUCCUUUUUUUCUCCGCCCUUAUCUGUUGGGGUAUAACUUUAGGAAAUUUGUGACAUGUCUAGCU